UUAUCAUGAAUAUUUCGGUAUAGCCAUCAAUUUCUUGCUGAAUUUUCUGUUGUGUGGACCGUCGCAAAUUUACCAACUUGCUGCUUGUGAAAAAGAGCGUCGGGAUUUUUCUUACUUGAAUUUGGAUCGAUCGGAUUUCGUGUGAAAACCAUCGACGGCUGUAAUUUCACUAGGUCGAUUCGUUCCGGUUCGGGUAAGGAUUUUCCUCUCGAAGCGGCACUAUAUAAAUGUCCGAAAAGAUUUUGAUUUUUGGCAUGAUCUGUUUUUAUUUGUUUUUAAUUUUUCUCGUUUCAUAUUUGCUUUGCACUGGUUUUGUUUUCCCCGUCGUCAGCCCAACCAAAAGAGCACAGCCAAAACUCCCAAAGGAUCCACCUACCGUCACCAAACAGCCGGCGAACCCGCAGAGAACCCACCGGUGACAGGAUCCCCCACGGUACCACCCAAUCGGAUCUCGCCACCUCGGACCCUCCUUCCCUAUCUGUCCUCCACGUGUCCUUCCCCCUCUCCGUCUCGCUUUACCGUCGCCGUCAGCCAAACCCCGCUCCCUCUCUCCGUCAACCGUUAAUUACGCUGAGAAAACCCAACACACGAACGAACCACUCUCUCUUUCUCUCUCUCUCGCUUGCUCGCUCUCGCAAGUUUUCGCUGAUCUUAUUGGUCGGUCAGUGCUUAACCCGCGGACCUCCCGGCGCACGAUAGUCCAGGCCUCCCAUGGAAGACGAUGACGAGAUCCGCUCGCCGCCGACUCCCAGCCCCCCCAGCGCGUCGCCCUCGCCCUCGCCGUCCCCUUCCCCGUCUCCGCCGAGCGCCACCAACGGCCGCAUAACGGUGACUGUCCCCCCCGCCUCCAGCGGCGACGCGGCAGCCUCCCCUGCGCAGCCGCAGCCACCUCCGAACAGCCUCGCCCUGGCCCUCCCGAUCCAGCAUCUGAGGCCCGGCAUCGGCGGCGGAGGCGGGGGAGGAGGAGGGCGCGAGGACUGUUGGAGCGAAGGAGCGACGGCGGUGCUGAUCGGCGCCUGGGGAGAGCGGUAUCUGGAGCUGAGCAGGGGGAAUCUGAAGCAGAAGCACUGGAAGGAAGUGGCCGACGUGGUGAGCAGCAGAGACGAGUAUGCGAAGCCGCCGAAGAGCGACAUCCAGUGCAAGAACAGGAUCGACACGGUGAAGAAGAAGUACAAGCUCGAGAAGGCGAAGAUCUCCGCCGGCGGAGGCCCGAGCAAGUGGAGGUUCUUCGACAAAUUGGAUCAUCUGAUCGGACCGUCCGCGAAGUACACCUCCCCGGCGGCCGCCGCGGCGACUCCGAGUCCCGUGCGGACGCAGCAAGAUGUUCCGGUAGGUAUCCCCGUCGGCAUCAGGUCGUCGGUUAGUAGUCAACACAAGGACCAGCGAUCGUCACAAACAGAGCAACAGCACAAGCAAGGGCAGCCACCGCGAGGCGGCCAGAAGAUGCAGAUCCGGAAGAGGAGGAAGGCGGAGUCGGAAUCGGAGCCGGACAUCUCCGACAACGACGGCUCCUCCACCGACAGCCUGCCGCCGGAGAUUCACCGCCCUAAGAGGACUAAACCUGGGAGAGAGGCGAAUCCGAACGAGACGGGAGCGAGGCCGCCGCCGCCGCCGCCGAAGCAGAAGGGCAACGGGUUGGGGAGCUCCAUUGGGGAUUUGACCCAUGCGAUCACAAACUUCGGGGAGGUGUACGAGCAGACGGAGAGCGCCAAGUUGCAGCAGGUGGUGGAGAUGGAGAAGCAGAGGAUGAAGUUCGCCAAGGAGCUGGAGUUGCAGAGGAUGCAGUUCUUCAUGAAGACCCAGUUGGAGAUCUCCCAGAUGAGGCACCCUCCCGGUAAGAAGAUUGGGAUUGGCGGCGGGGACGGAGGAGGAGGCGGCUGCGGCGGCAGCGGAGGGAGUGGUGAGAAUCACCAGCAUAGGAACAACAACAGUGAUGAUAGUAACUAGAUUUUGCAACUGGAAGUGUAGAAAUUUAUGUAGGAGUUGCUAGGAAAUCUCCGAUUCAUAUGGUGAAGAGGAAGAAGAAGACUUUUAACUUGAGAUUGUGUUCCUGGGGGUGUUAAUGUUGCUCUGUAUCUUGAAUUGGGCUUCUGUCAAUUAUGAUAAUCCAAGGCAUAAUGGCAAAAUCCUCUCGAA